GCCGUGGCUUGGCACAUGGAUCGGAGGCAGCAUGGGCUCGGGCACCAGGGCAAGAUACCACCUUUGGGUGCCUCACCUGGGUCCGGCCUUGGACACGCAGGACAAGCGGAGGAUGGAUAUGGCCACGCAGCACUUUCCAGCAAGGCAGAGGAGGAAGAUCUGGACUCAGAAAACGAGAAGCUGGUGGUGAGAGAGCCAGAGGAUGAGGAUGCUGCAGAUGAGACGUUCUCUUUUAAAUACAGUCCUGGAAAGCUGAGGGGGAACCAGUACAAGUCAAUGAUGACCAAAGAAGAACUUGAGGAAGAACAAAGGGUUCAGAGAGAGCAGCUGGCUGCCAUCUUCAGGCUCAUGAAGGAAAAAAGUGACACAUUUGGAGAGAUGUCUGAAGGAGACAUGAAGGAGCAGCUUAGACUGUAUGAUAUAUAACCUUGCAGCUAGUGGAGACUCUGCCCAAAAGUAAUCUUGGCCUUUAUUAUGCAGGACACUGGAGGCUGUAGUGCUAUAAACAUGUUUCAGUAGUUAUUUUGCAGUUCCAGUUUGUUUUGCAAACACAUAUAGGCCUGUGAUAUGUAUUUCAAAAGACUGGUAAUUUCUCACCCUUUUUAUUGUUUUUCCUUGAAGAGCUAUCACAACUUUUUCACCUUGUACAGAGAUUUUUACCUCUUUCUGGCUGGGUCAUAUGUCUCAGUCAUACAAAGCAGUUAAACUUGCAACUUUUUUCUGGCCAUGCUUUAUAAAAAUGAGCUUUCAAGCCUAGUCUUUAACAGUUUGAUAUCUGAAGAAAGCCAAAGAUGAUAGACGUAAAAUGGAUGAAAAUAAUAAAAUUGUAGAAUAACUCAGGUUGGAAGGGACAUAAGGAGUUCUGUAGUCCAACCUCUUGCUCAAAGCAGUAUCAGCUAUGAGACCAAGCCAGGUUACUCAGGCCUUUAUCUUGUUGCGUCUUGAAAACCUCCAAAGAUGGAGACUAUACAACCUCUCUUGGCAGAGAGGCUUCCAAUUCUACAGUUAGAAAACGAAUAGCCAAAGGCAAGGCAUUAGUGCUCCAAUUAGAGGUGAGUUGCUGUUCUCAUCUCCUUGGAAGGAAUACUUCAUCCUCCUUCCUGCUGGCUUUUGGAAACAAAUCCAAGUCGGUUCCGGCUGACCUUGUUGAGCUCAUCUUCACGCCUGAGAAAACAGCAGUUAACUUCAACCUGGAAACAAACGUCUCUUCGACUCUUGACACGGGUAACAGUAGUACAGAAAGGUGGUUGGCUUUUUUACAAGGAUGGUUGUGUCCAACUCAGUUCCUGUUCUCCUAAUAUAAAAAUGAUAUGGGAAACUAUAUACUUAGGAAAUCUCUGUGAAUUUAUUAAGUAUUUUGAACAGUCUUGACCAACCCUUGGUGGUUUGGAUAGAGUAAAUCAAUGAGCAUUCCUAAUUUUAACGGAAUGUCUUCUGGUGUACUUAUCUCUCCUAUGAAAUCCUGUUAAAUGCUUUCUUAUCAGGGAGGAUUUUCUCAGUUUUAAUAACUGGUGACAAAGGGAGGCAACAUUUUCUGACCCAGUUUUAGGGAAUGAUCUCUUAAAAGAUUAGCUUUGCUUUAUUUUGUACAAUCCUUUUGAGUCUGGGAAAACAAGUAUCUCAUUAUCUGAUCACUGUUUUCCACUACAGUGUAUUCUAUAACACCCUACUAUUUGACUUUUAAGAGUAAUUUUAUCUUCUCAUUGUUUUCGCUGGGGUGAAGGCAUGUUUAUUAUGAGAACAAGCUGGUUUUACUACCAGUCAUGACUUAAUCUAAAUUCAAUGUCUGAAAAUUACUUCUUCUUAUUCAACAUGAAGGAAUUAAGUGGGAAAAGGCAUCUCAUGAUGUGAAACUUCUGUGUCCCUAGGUCACAAUUUCCUUUGUCAAGUUGUGCAAAGAGAGAAAUGUAGGAAAUUUGUAUAUGGGACUUCUCCAUAGUUAAAAACUGAAUGCAGGCGCUUUUCCAAAGCUCUUCUUGAAAGCAAGCAAAGGAGAGUUAAGGUUUAGUUGAUUUUUAGUCUUUGUCUUGUACACUUUUCAGUUUAUUUCCAAAAUAUUUUUAUAUUUCUUCUUUUACAUUUGGGCCUUCUCUGAAUAGGAACAUUUGUGGGAAAAAAAAAAAUUCCUCAAACUCCUCACUUUCACAUUAUGCCAGCAAAGAUAACGCUGAGUAAGUCAGAGCAGCUGGCAUUAAACCUGUCCUGUCCAUAUCAGCUCUGAGCAAUGUCAUCAAAAUGUUAAGAUGCUGUUGAUGACAGAACAGGGGUAAAGAUCUGUCAUUUACUAGGCCUGAAUUUAGGAAAGAAAUGAAGUAAAAAAGCCUGUGCCCGAGACAUGAGACAAAGGGAUGUCUAGAUGUAAAACCCACGGGUUGUAAAUGGUAAGUUUUCUCUGUGUGCUGUAAUAAAGAGGAGCCCACUGGCCA